AUGAACAUUCUUCUAUUACUGCUCACGGUCGCGGCGACCGCAUUCGCUGCAACUCCGGCCGAUUGGCGCUCCCGAUCCAUCUACUUCUUGCUUACCGAUCGAUUUGCUCGUACGGACAAUUCCACCACUGCUACUUGUGAUACAAGCAUCGGGAGAUACUGCGGUGGAACAUGGCGCGGCAUCAUCAACCAGCUCGACUAUAUCCAGGGCAUGGGAUUCUCAGCCAUAUGGAUUACUCCAGUAACAGCGCAGCUUCCUCAGAACACCCCUUACGGCCAGGCAUACCACGGAUACUGGCAACAAGACGUAUACUCCCUCAAUUCUCAUUAUGGAACUGCAGAUGAUCUCAAGGCUCUGGCCUCGGCUCUUCACGCGCGUGGCAUGUACCUCAUGGUUGAUGUCGUUGCCAACCACAUGGGCUACGAUGGAGCAGGUGACUCCGUUGACUACAGUGUAUUCAAGCCCUUCAACAAGAAAGAAUACUUCCAUCCCUACUGUGCUAUCACCAAUUAUGACAACCAAACCAAUGUCCAGAACUGCUGGCUGGGCGAUAACAAAGUCUCGCUCCCUGAUCUAGACACAAGCCGCAGUGACGUACAGACGAUAUGGUAUGACUGGGUCAAGUCGCUUGUCUCCAACUACUCCAUCGAUGGUCUUCGCAUCGACACAGUCAGACACGUCCAGAAAGACUUCUGGCCGGGCUACAACAAAGCCGCCGGCGUAUAUUGCAUUGGGGAGGUUCUCGACGGCGAUGCCUCAUACACCUGUCCAUAUCAGAAUUAUCUCGACGGAGUCCUGAAUUAUCCCAUGUAUUAUCCUCUACUUAGAGCAUUCAAGUCAACAGGGGGUAGCAUCAGCGACCUAUACAACAUGAUCAAUACCGUCAAAGACAGCUGUCCAGACUCCACACUGCUAGGAACAUUCAUUGAAAACCACGAUAACCCACGCUUCGCCUCCUACACAAAUGACACGUCCCUGGCCAAAAAUGUGGCUACAUUCACUAUCCUCGCAGACGGGAUCCCCAUCAUCUACGCCGGCCAGGAACAGCAUUACAGCGGGGGCAACGACCCUCUCAACCGCGAAGCGACCUGGCUGUCAGGCUACUCCACCACCAGCCCCCUCUACACCUCGAUUGCGACGGCCAACAAGGUCCGCAGCCAUGCGAUCAGCCAAGAUGCGAAGUACUUGACUUAUAAGAACUACCCGAUCUACAGCGACACCACCACGCUGGCCAUGCGAAAAGGAUUUGAUGGCACGCAAAUCAUCACUGUGCUCUCUAACUUGGGCAGCGGCGGCAAGACGUACACCCUCUCAUUGACGGGGACGGGGUUCCAAGCCGGUACCCAGGUCACGGAGAUGUUCACCUGCACCACCCUGACCGUCAAUGCGGAUGGUUCGGUCCCCGUGCCGAUGACAAGCGGGUUACCGAGAGUUCUGUUCCCAACCGGAAAAUUGAGCGGGAGCUCAAUAUGUAACUAGUUCUUGGGGAGUUGUCUCUUCGCAUCUAUAGAAUUUCCUUGUAUUUUUUCUACCAGGAGGAUGAGGAGUUGAAAGGGGAGCAAUCUGUUCCGGGUCAAUGUGUCCAGGCUCCCAGUCUCUGGAGAAUCACAAAAAAACGGAGG